AUGGAACUAGGCUGGCCAUAUCUGCCUGUAUGCCAGCAGGACUUUGGGCACAAAUUACAAAGUCGAGCCCUGAGACAGGCAGGCGGCGUCGCGGCAGAUUCAAAACUUGGAAACGUAGAGAGGAGGCCUUUGCCCAGACGUGGGAUGCAUAGUGUAUGUGCAGUAUACACUACACAUGAAAAAAAACGAAAUAAUAACUGCAACUGGCCGCAACUCAAUACAUACUGCGGGUGUCUGGAGCUGUCCACUGGAAUCUACAUCAGAUCUGUGAUUGUUGCGGUCGCAGUAGUCAUAUCUCUUAUCCGAAAUUGUUACCUUCUGGUGCAUUUAUGGAGUUCACGCGAAAACCUGUCCGCCGGGAACUUCUCUGACGGCGAGGGCGCGGAGCUUGACUUAGACCAAAUUAUUAGCAUUCUUAGACUUCUUGAAAUCUACUUUAUAUCAUGGAUCGUGAUGAUUGUCUUGUAUAUUUUGUUUCUCAUAGUCACUGUAUACGCAGUCUACAAGAAAAAACCAAAGGUGCUAAAAUUUAUAGUCUAUACAAACAUACCAUUAUGUGUUUUCUCGUUGCUCUAUUCAUUUUUCAUUAUGGCCAUAAACGAACUGCUUUACGGUCAUAGUUAUAGAAUAUUCCUAUUGAUCAGUUACGUGUUGGAGCUGUACAACUUCUUGGCCAUACGCAGUUACUACAAGCGAAUACGGGGGAAAUCUUUGUUGGUUGUAGAAGAAAAUUUGGACUUCCAACCUCCGAUAGAUUCUACUCGAACAAUAACCAUGAUUCAACCUACUACAAUUAAUGAAAGCAACAUUGAAAUACAUUGCAGAUCAUGCACUUGCUUCAGACAAGAAAAUAUUCCUAUCACCGAAAUUGUAACUACACAACCAGCAGCGAUACAACAUCACUUAAGUUAUGGAAGUAAUGAAGAAGUAAAUGAGGAAGAUAACCGAGAGCCAAAUCAGUCAGUAGCAGAAAAUGUACAAGAAACGAAUAGUGGAGCAACUGCAGCUUUGGAAGGGCGUGUAAUAAAACCAAAUACUUUAGACCUUUCACUAAAAACUGCUAAAGAAGAUAAAAUAGAUCUAUGCGAUGUCCCCGUCAUAUACGAUGAGCAGCAACUAAAUGUUGGAUCAAGUCCAGUGAUAGAGGAUAGAACAGUA